ACCUUGCCCUAAUCCCUAACCUCUCCGCUCGCAGCCGCCUCCGCCGGAUGAGCAGGGCGUCGCGUGGAAGCCGGCGGCCUCGCUCAAGCCGCCAGCGCGCUCCCUCCGGCAAUAACCCGUGUGUGUAGCCCCGACUCUCCUCCCGCUGGGUUAAUGUGCGUGCAAUGAGUGCCAUGGCUGUGGCACUAAAGAUCUCUAGGGAGUUGGGGUCGGAGGCAUCGAGGUUGUUGGACUCACGGUCCAUGAGGCCGUCGAUGUGGGCCUGGGGCAGGUGUGGUUCUCCAUCACCACCACCACCGUCCUCGUCGCGCGGGCCAUGAGCGCCUUCGCCGCGCACCGCGACGCCUCCUUCUUCACUCCGCCUACUCUUCCUCAGUCUUGCUGGCAGCCUCCGCAGGAGUCACCACAAGCUGUCCGUGUCCAGACCGUCCCAGGUAUGCCUCGCCGUGCCUGUCUGUCGCUUAUUCCCUCUAUGUUUUUGCCUCCUGGUCAGCGACCAACACAACGAAGGGGAUCCUCGUAAUUCUUGAUUGGUAGUUGGGUCUGGCGAGGGAUCAUCUCUCUUCCGCUUGGUUCCGUGCGAGGAUGAAGGCUAAUCUAUGGUCCCCUCAUCAUCAUCGUCGACUUAUUCUAUGUCUUCAUCAAUAUCAUCAGGGUCAGAUCCAUCUAAUUCACUUCCAACAGUACUGGCUUGAGGCUGAGCGAUUGGUUACACAAGGUAUUCGAUAUCUUCAUCCUGAAGAUGAUUUUUGUAAUAAACUGUAUUUCUUACUCCAAGCCAUGAAAGAAAUCACUCAAAAACUCAAAUAAAAAAUAUUAUUAGAAUGGACUGGAAGUGGCAUGUAGAUGACCAUAAAUAUAGACCAGAUUCCUUUGUACAGAACUCCCAACAACUCAUGUUUUAGCAAACAUAUAGAUAAUCAAUUAUAAUACAAAAAUACUAGAUACCAUGAAGAAAACAGAAUACUAACAUUCAAUCUUACCUUAUAUACAGUAUAGUUUAGGAAUACUUGUUCAACAUGUACAAAAGAACCGCCAUUGUAAGUUUGCAGGAAAUCCAAGAUUAAGGCAACAAAAUACUAAACAUAAACCAUUGCAAGAAUGAUCGCAUGGAAUAUUUUGGAGAAACAAAAAACUUGAUAACAAGCAGUAUAUGGCUUGUUCGUUGCAGCUGCUCCAACAGAUGCUUAUACGGGAAUCUGACAAUCUUUAAAGAUGAUGACAAGAAGGUAGUUAAUCGUAGCAUUUAUUUUAAAAACAAUCGUUCAUGGCAGAGGCACCAUUUUAAGGAGCAAAGCAGCCAUAAAAUCUUUUCAUUGCACUUAUUAACAUAUUUCAAAGAAACAUGUUAUGGUAAAAUGCAUGGCAGGAAGAACAGAUAUGUUCAGGCACAUCUUCAUCAGAAGUUCAUCUGCUAUCUGAAGAUGGCAUAUGCACAACACAAAGUGCCCAUGUUCAUCAAGAACUCAUUAAUGUUGUCAUCACUACAAAUCACAAAGAAUAAAAUACCUUAAACAGUAAUAUGAACGAGAGUGCCAAGCAGAGGCCACAAAGAGGGUAAGUCUACUACUGUUUAUUUUACGGUAUUGCCUGAUUAUUGGUGUCUGUUUUGUUUGUGGCAUCAUGAAGAGCACCCAUUUUAUGCAAAAUUAUAACUCCUAAUACAUUGGAAAUUAUAACUGCAUUCUUAUAAGUACUGGAAUCAUAAUUUUGGACUAAUUUUGUUUAACCUACCCUUUUCCUUCA